UGAAUUACUUUCAAAAGAAAUAUGGUACUUUUUAAAGUUCGGAAUGCGAUGUCUAGUUCUGCAAUUAUUAUAUUAUGUAAACACUAAACUUUGUAGUAGGUAGAGUUUGCAAGUGUUAUUGCAUGGAUAGCUCAAAUCUUCUCGUUUUUUUGUGAUCUUGCAAGUAAGUAACAAGACAUCACACAUUCGCGUGCGUAUAAGUAUGUACGCCCUCUGAUUGAUAAUAACGGAAGAAGUAUAAGUAGCAGUAUUUGUAUCCACGCGCAGAAAAAUGCCGAGCUCAUUCGAUCGCGGCUCCCUCGGUUGAACUUUCGAAACGAUGUGUUCACGCUUUUGUCUUUGAUUAUUUUGCGGGAUUUGCAAGUGAUUUCGAUAGGAAAGUUUUGAAAACAAGCUCCUGCGGCUAUAAAUAAUCGAAAAAAUGACGAGAACAACAUUGCAAGCUCAUUUAUUGUGCUCCGCUGGCAUCAUCUUCAUCUUGAUCGUCGACUUUUCUAAAGCUGACAUAGACGGAUGUCCGAAAAUCGUGGAAAAGGAAUUAUGGGGAGCCCGGCGUUACAAGGCGACGAAUUACCUGGUCACGCCCAUACCGUACGUUAUAAUGCACCAAACCCGAUCGACCGACUGUUACAGCUUCAACGAGUGCGCCAAAGUCAUAGGCGGCAUACAAGACUCGCGUAUGGAUGACCUUCAUUGGAACGACAUUGGUGACUCGUUCAUGGUCGGCGGAGACGGUAACGUGUAUGAGGGUACCGGUUGGUUCAUGGAGGGUGCCCACACGCACUUGUACAACAAAAAGUCCAUCUCAAUAUCUUUCAUAGGCUACUAUCACAAUUCUUUUCGAAACGGCACGCACGAGAUCACUAUGUUGAGAGAAGUGAACGACAAGGCUCUGAAGGCGGCGCACGAUCUCAUAAUAUGCGGCAAGAACCGGGGAUAUCUGCGAAAUGACGUUAAAGUCAUUGCAGCACGACAAGUUCGGCCUACGGUCAAUCCUGGCGAUUUGGUAUUUGCUCAGAUACAAAAGUGGCCAGAGUGGGUCGUCGAGCCUUGAGGUUUUUCCUUUUGAAACGACUGACAACAGCAGAUAUCCAGCUUUUCUCUCGAAUUCGCUGCACGCGUGACAAGUUUGGAUGAGAAUCUCGUUAUCAAGUUACGAAAUACUGAUUGUAACAUGCGUUUAUCGUUUGUUAUUGCAAAGCAAAGACUUUUUGAUGUCCACUUAUGCAUAUAUUAGA